UCUUGUCUGAAGUAUGACGAAACGAUUUAGGGCAGUUUAUUUAUAAUACUGUUGUUAUAAUACUACUACUAAUAAUAUUAUGUUAUAAUGUGUUGUUCGAAGCAAGUUUCCGAGUUUCCGCACAUGCGCAGUACACAUCGUGUUUCGACAACCACUUCCGCUUCUUCUGUUGUUUUGAAAAGUUGGCGGUAAAGAUGGCGGACACUGACGGAGUCAUCUCGACAUCUACAGCAGAGAAACAUCAGGAUGUUAGAGUUAACGUCAAGUCCAAGAGAAUGGUCUCUUAUCAGCUCACAAAGUAUAAAAGCUUGCUCAUAAAGCUGCUGGAGAGACAGCCUGAAAUGGACGAAGGCGACGUGGAAAAGAUCUUACAGGAAAUGCUGUUGAACUUCGAGCUUGCAGUGCAGGAGAACAUCAGCGUUGGAGGUUUAUCCUGGGAUGAAGCAGCAGAGGAGAACAGUGAAGAUUAUGAGUGCAGCACGGUGGACGACCUACUGGAUGAGAAGAUCGUCCAGACCAGCUGGAAACGCAGCAUUUACCCAAAGAAGAUUCUGCCGUAUUUUGUCCGAUCCCUGAAAGCCGAGCGCAAACUCAUGGGUUUGUUGGGUAGUGCAGUGAAGGCACAGGAAGUGAAGCGAGAUCCAGUUCAGGAUGAUAUAAUGAACGGCGUUUCUGCUGCUGCACCCAAGAUGUUCUCACAAGCCUCUACAGUCAUGAAGUCUCUGAAGGACUUGAAGCAGAUGGCAGAAGGUCUUCACCAGGUUCUGAACACGCAGCCCUCAGCCGAGAGCCUGGAGGUCUACAGAGACGUCUUCAGCUCUGAGGAAAAUGUCCAGUGCAGCAGCGAAUCUGCUAACAGACACUCCAUCAGUAGAGCUGUGACUGAGAGAGAAUACAGCACACAAUACAUUCCUCUGAGCCCACCUACUUCACAUCAGUAAGAGUUUAUCUUCAUCAUCUCCCCUAACUCUUACUGCUGAUGUACAUGCACACUGAGCUUCACACGGUUCUCUAGAAGAUCUCUGUACGCUGUAGAGUUACACUUUCCCUUCAGUGGAGCUACAAACCCUGCUCCAGCAGGAUCAUGUCCCUGUGCACAAAGCAGCUCCAUGAAGACAUAAAAGUUGGAGUGAAGAACUGCAGUGUCCUGCCCCAGAGCCCUGACUCUGACCUCAACCCCACUGGGAUGAAUUGGACCUGGAGUCUCCUCAACAUCCCAACAUCACAGUCUGAUAUCACUAAUGAUCUUCUAACUGAAUGAAUCCCACAACAUCUAGUGGAGAACCUUCUCAGAAGGAGCUGAUUAUUAUAACACAAAGUGAGCAUGUACUUUUGGCUGUAUAGCACAUGUAGUUUAAUUGUUUCAAUCUCUUACUCUCUCACUUACUAGUGUUAAAAUUCUUUACUGUAUAUACAAACUUUUUUAUUAAUAUCUCUAUGAAAUUCUCAUGUCUUCAUCUUUUGGAUAUCUAAUUAAACAAAAAAUGCACUAUGUUGUCAUGAUAUUGAUAAUAAACUAAGAUAAGAAAA